CUUCAUUUUAUUUGAUUUGAUUUUUAUCUUAGAUCGGUUUUUAUGUCAGUCGUAUUCGCCGCGAAUAUUGCUGGGCGCAAUUCUUUUAUUUUACCCUCAUCGACGAAUUUGGGUUAAAAUAAGUACCUAUAAUCGUGUGGCAUUAAUAUAAAUUAUAUUGUUACCGUUGAAAUUACUGGCACGCGCACGCGCGCGCCUCUACCGAGUGCGACACAAUAAUAACAUUGUACGCGCAAAGUAUAUUAUUGCAUAAAUCGGAUCGAGUGAUUUAAAUAAAAACAAAUCAACAAGAUGUUGCUGGAAAUGAAUCUACCGGGACCGGAAACAACUGUGUACCACGAGGCGGAAACUAUGUAUCCGAUAAUAACGAACGAGGGGAUCAACAACAACGUCAACAAUAACAACAACAACAACAACAACAACAACAACAAUAACAACAACAACACCUUGAACGACGACGACGAGAGACGAGGAACUACCCUGCAAGAGUUCUACGCAGGGCAAACGGUCUUCAUUACAGGUGGAACUGGCUUUCUUGGAAAAGUCCUGAUAGAAAAGUUACUGCGUAGCUGCCCCGAUCUAACCGCAAUCUACAUCCUAGUACGCCCGAAGAAAGGAAAAGACGUGCAAAGUCGCGUUGAGGACAUAUUUGAUGAUGUGGUCUAUAGCCGACUGAAAAAAGAAGUCCCAAAAUUCCGUCACAAGGUGUUUGCAGUGGCCGGAGACUGCAGCGUUCCCGAUUUGGGUCUUUCAUUGGCUGACAGGGCACUCCUUAUUGAAAAGGUAUCGAUAGUGUUUCACGUUGCGGCGACAGUUCGUUUUGAUGAAAAACUCAAACUCGCCAUGGCCAUUAAUAUACAGGCCGCGAAUGACAUUAUCAAACUAUGCCGAAGUAUGCCACAGCUGAAGUCUGUAAUUCAUGUAUCCACCGCUUAUGCCAACUCGCACCUGUGGACAAUCGAAGAAAAAUUUUACCCAUAUGAAACGAAGUACAGCGAGCUAUCGAAGAUGAUUGAAAAUAUGCCGGAGGAUACGAUAACGGAAUUAACUCCAAAGAUAAUUGGAAAAUGGACAAACACAUACGUCUUCACCAAAGCCCUGGCCGAAGAUAUGAUUCGAGAGCAGAGUAAGGACCUGCCUAUGGGCAUUUUCCGACCUGCCAUUGUGAUAUCAACGGCACGUGAACCAAUCUUAGGAUGGAUCGACAACCUCUACGGACCCACAGGUGUGGUUGCCGGGGCAGCUUCCGGCGUUCUCAGAACUCUGCACAGCGACCCUGACAUCAAUGCGAAUAUCGUGCCAGUGGAUUUCACAGUGAACUCGCUGAUAGCCAGUGCCUGGGACGUGGCCACACAGGUCGAAAGGAGAGGCAAGGACAUGUUGAUUUACAAUUACGUGUCGUCGGUCGAUGCCCCGUUAACGUGGGGCAAAUACUGCAAGUCGAAUACCGAGUAUGGAAAGCUUUACCCGUUGAGCAACUCGAUCUGGUACCUGUCAUUCACAACGAAUAAACACAAAUUUAUUCACUUACUGUACGUGCUGUUCCUUCAUUUACUACCAGCGAUGCUAGUUGACACCGUCAGUAUUUGUAUCGGCCAAAAACCAAGAUUGUGGAAAAUGUAUCAAAAGAUUCACAAGUUUGCAAACGUGAUAUCGUAUUUUGCGACCCACGAAUGGAAAUUCACAAACGACAACGUACAAGAUAUGUGGAGCCGGUUGGAAUCCAAGGAUCAAAAUUUGUUCCUAUUCAAUAUGAAGGGCUUCAACUGGGACGGGUAUUUUCAACAUUACAUAAAAGGAACCAGAAUCUAUUUGUUCAAAGACGACCUGAGCACCUUGGAAGCCAGCAGAGCGAGAUUGGCCAGAUUUUACUUCAUGCAUCAAGCCACCAAAGGUUUGGUAUCCCUUCUCAUGUUAUGGAUCGUAUGGACCUUAUUAUCCAGAAUAGUUUUUUAAGCGAUCAACACGAGUCAGUGAGAUUAAAAAAUCUCGAGCAUUAUUGAUAAUGGCCAUUGUGUUGCGAUUCAUAUAUCAUUGUAUACCGAUCGAUUUCACAACAUGCCAAGUCUUCUUUUAAACGAACUUACAGUUUGGAAGCGAAAGCUUUAUACUUACAUAGGUAUAAUAUAUGGUAUUAGCAGAGAACGUCUUCAUUCGUUCGCAAUUGGCCGUCGUGAAUUAAUGAUACAAUUAGCAUCACAAGUGGGUUCACAAAUGUGAGCGUCACUACGUUACCAAUCGAUACCUAUUGCAUGUUGCUCGAGUAUAAAUUCGGUCAAACGAGUCAGUUCUUAAAUGAACCAACUCGAUGUGUUAAGUUGUGUAAAUAGUGAUCAUAGUUUUCGUA